AUGCCGAAAGCCAAAAAGACGAGAAGGAAGAUGAAGUUCGAUUACAACAAAGACCGCAAGAAACUGAAGAAAAGGUUAAUGAAGAAAGCCAACCCAAGGAUAGAAAAUAAACAACUUCGAGAGGCAUGGAAUCCAAGGAAGUCCACAGCCAGGAACCUGCAAGACAUGGGCCUCGCAUACGACCCCAAUCGCAGUUUGCCCAUCAACAAAGACGGCCGCCUAGGAUUAAACAAAGGCCCCAAGGUUACCGGCCAUAUAGUGACAAAGCCCUACGUCCUUAAUCAGCUGGAAGAGGAGGCCAACCUUCCAGUCAAGGACACCAAGACACUUUCAUCGGACUUGAUCCAGUACGUCCAACACAUGAUCCGAGAACACAAAGAGGACUACAAGGCGAUGGCCCGUGACGAGAAAAACUACUACCAGGAUACGCCCAAGCAGAUUAAAAGGAAGAUCAACGAGUAUAAGCGCUGCCACGCGCAGCACUACGAAGCCUUUGUUGCCUCACUCGCCGUCCCCGUGGCCCCCUGA